AUGGAUAAUGUAUUUGUAAUGAGAUUUACGUUAUCCAUUAAAUACACACUGCCUUUCUGUUUUCACUUUCUUUCUUUUUUCUUUCUUUCUUUCUUUUUUCUUUCUUUCUUUUUUCUUUCUUUUUUCUUUCUUUUUUCUUCCCUUUUUCUUUCUUUCUUUUCUUUCUUUCUUUCUUUCUUACUUUCUUUUUUCUUUCUUUCUUUUUUCUUUAUUUUUCUAUAUUUUCUUUCUUUAUUACUUUUUCUUUAUUUCUUUGUUUCUUUUUUCUUUCUUUCAUCUUUUUUAUUUCUUUUUUCUUUUUAUAUCUUUUUCUUUUUUCUUUCUUUAUUUCUUUUUCUUUUUUCUUUCUUUCUUUUCUUUCUUUCUUUCUUUCUUUUUCUUUCUUUUUUCUUUCUUUCUUUUUUCUUAAUUUUUUUUCUUUCUUUUUUCUUAAUUUCUUUCUUUUUUCUUUCUUUCUUUCUUUCUUUCUUUCUUUCUUUCUUUUUUCUUAAUUUCUUUCUUUCUUUCUUUCCACCCGUCAUGCAACAGACAGCAAAUUCGGCCACUACACGAUUCACUCAUAUAAUAACUUCUGUCUGUUAUGAGUGUUUCACUAUUUUGAAUCUGUACAAGACAAAAUAUUGCUCAGUUUACUCUCUCUUUCUUUCUCUCCCUCUCUCUCUCUCUCUCUCUCUCUCUCUCUCUCUCUGUGCCCCUUUCUUUAAUAACGCACCAGAGAUCUCAUAUUCAUAUAUAUAUAUUCAUAAUACAUAUAAUACAAAAUACAUAUACAUAUAUUUUUCUUUUUUUUUCUUUUUCUCUUUCUUUCUUUCUUUCUUUAUUUUCUAUCUAUCUAUCUAUCUAUCUAUCUAUCUAUCUAUCAGUCAGUCCCUAUAUAUAACUUACACUCUUUAUCAAUCUCUCGCAUUCUCUCAGUCACAAACAUUUCCUCUCACACGCAUUCUCUCUUAA